UGUUCCUUGAGAAUUUACCAGCAUUCAUUUUCUUUCAAAGUAAAACAUGUUGGCUAUCUUACUAGGCUUCAAGCUGCCCUACUAUUUCCUCGAAGUUUAAAGAUGCCUACUGCAAAAAUGUCAUGUUAGUGUGAUGACUGUCAAAGUACACUGGGUUCUCUUCUUUUGGCGCUGUUACUAUUCAAACCGUCUAUUUUUCCGGCGAACUCCUCGGCGAUAUCUAUCCCCGUCGAAAGCUAGUAGUAAAUUCACUCAGGGUCUCGUUCUCUUUCUUCUCUGGGAUUCGUAUUCUCUAUUUCUAGUGAGACAAACCCCCUAACCCCUGUUUUACGAUCAUUUUAAGUGAGGUAGUACGGAUUAUGAACUUCAGCGUAUGCCUCUCUGGGUUUUUUUUCUUUUAAAGCAAUUUAUUUGCAUUCUCAUUUGUAUUCUAUGUGAUGCUGGCUUGUAAAUUGUCAGUUUUUGGCCUUUUUCAAUUUGGAGUUGCUUACAAUUUCAUGCUUUUGUCUUCAACUCUAUCCACAUGGGUGCUUGAGUUUGAAGUUGGUGUGCUAACCAAUGUGAUGAUUAUUAUCUUAAUAAUAAAUAAUACUCCCUCCGUGAUAGAAAUUUUGGAUGGAAGAAUAUUACAUUCAUGGAUAAAAGUUAAGUUUAAUAGCUUCUCAAAGAAAAGUUAGUUUAAUAGGGAAAACAUAUUAUUAAACUUAAAUUUGAGUAGUUUAAGCCUGUAAGGGGUAUGAAUUCUUGAAAGUACGAACAUUAUUAAAUAAAGACGAUGUUAAACAUUUUGGGACUUUCCAAAAUGAAUAGAGGGACGCAAAUUAAGAUAGAGGGAGUAACUUUGUAUUAUCUGUGAACUUUAAUGGCAAUAUGUUACUCCAUUUGAAUUAAUUUACAAAUCAGUUCCCUUUACUGUUUAUAUCUAUUCAAAUUUGUAGGUCUAAAAAAUUUCCACUCAUUGAGAUAAGGAUGACUUCACACAACACAAUAGGUUACUCCUUUUGGGGUUGAUAUUUAUUCACCUUUUCUUUCUAGGGAGCUGAAGUUUGGAGAAAAGCAUGGGUUGCUUCUGUGUUCCACCUCCGCCUAUCUGUGACUUUUAAUAGCUUUGUUCAAAGCUUUCUCUUAAAUCGUUAAAACUCGUAUCUUCUUUUGUCUCUUUAAGUCUUUCUGGGCGUUGCCUGUGAACAGAUUGAGAAGGACCCAUGAUCACCAUCCAACUACGCGGCCAUUGUUUAUCUACUCACUUACAUCAUUUUCAUUCCCCAUCUUCUGGUCCUUUUUCUUCUCUCCGCGUCUCUCUUUCCUCUCUAUCUCAUGUGGUAACCAAAAAGUCCGCUCAAAAUGCAAACCGAGAAAAUCCGGUUCUCCUCAACUACCUAAUAAACACGUUGGACCUUCCAAAACCUAAAGCCCUGGCAGUAUCCAAUCGUUUUCCUUGGGUCAUUAGUGUUGAAAAACCUCAAUUGGCUGUACAUUUCUUCAAGUCCAUUGGAUUCACAGAUGCACAAAUCCAAUCCGCUGUUAGUAACGUCCCGCAAAUCCUCCUUGCUGAUGUUGAAAAGACACUGAAGCCGAAGAUCCAGUUAUUACAAGAAUUGGGUAUCACUGGUUCUGAUCUGGGUAGGCUUAUAUCCACAAAGGCGAUUAUAUUAACACGUAGCCUGGAGAAAAUACUAAAGCCUUCCAUUGAUGUUCUCAAUAAAGUCCUUAUAAACGGUAUUGAGAAUGGCGAUUGGUUACGGGUCCUACGAAGGUGCGAUUGGGUUAUUCAUAAAUCCCCUCACUUGAGACUGAUUCCUAAUAUUUCAUAUCUGGAGAGCGUUGGGAUUGUCGGGACUCAACUAUCAUCACUCUUGAAGAGGCAACCUCAUCUUUUUGUUGUGCCUGAAUCUGAGCUUAAAAAGCUUGUGUCUAGACUUAUGGAUAUUGGGUUUUCUACUGAUUCAAGAAUGUUAAUGCAUGGCCUUCAUACUCUUGGUUGUAUUAGUCAGGAGUCUUUUUCGAAGAAAAUGCUAUUGUUUCAGAGUACUGGUUUCUCCAAAAAUGAGUGCAUGGAAAUGUUUAGGAGGGCACCGGGUUUAUUCCGGACUUCAGAGGAGAAAAUAAGGCUCGGACUAGAGUUCUUCUUGGAAACAGCGAAGUUAAAGAAGUCAACUAUAGUACAGCAUCCUACACUUUUGAUGUUUAGCAUGGAGGAUAGAGUGAUUCCCAGAUAUCAAGUUUUCCAGCUGAUAAAGUCAAAAAAGCUUUUGGAGAAAGACCCAAGUUUUUAUUACGUGAUGUGUUUGACAGAGCGUCUGUUCUUGGAAAAGUAUGUAUCGAAGUUUACAGAAAAUGCAGAGGAAUUAUUGAUAGCCUACAAGGGCUAUCUUCUAGAUUUAGAAGAAGAGUAAGAACGUUUGCUUGAAAAUUUGCUGCCUGGUUUUUUCAUUUUUGAUCUUAUAGGCUUCAAAAGUGCGUGGCAAAGAUAGGGGCGUUGUUGUUGUUUUUUUUUUUUUUAAAAAAAAAAAAUCUAUUUGUAUUUCAUAAUUUUAAUUGUAUUGUUGCUUUGAUGAAAAUGAUGCCUGUGUUAUGUCAGAAGAGGCCAGGAACCAGAAAAUAAAGCUAUAGUUUUAGCACACUGAUCUAAGUUUCUCCCUUCUAG